AUGACAGAUUGCGGUACUUUUCGUCAUUCAUCGGGGAGUGAACGCGAGUCGAACAGGUUCGGCUGUCACGCCGACCGCGCCGACGCUGAUGUCGAGGCCAGGGCCAAUACGCAGCGGAGGAAACUUCAAAACCGGAAGAACCAAAGAGCACACCUUAGACGCUGGCGCCUCGACGAGACCGACAAUGACGCCUCUCAGGACGUCUCUUCAUCAUCAAAAAACGAAUCAAAACUUGCCGCUGAACGCGCUUGCGUCAUUCGAGGGCCACUGCCCACUACCGCAGGCGAUGCCCAGAAGCCUCUGACCCCCCCGUCCUUCAUCUUCCCCCUUUCAACCAAUCACCUACUACAUCUUGUGCAGCACGAAGGGGAGUUUGACGACUGGGAGCUCUUACAAGACCUCAUCGGUGAGCUUAUGAGCAUGACACCAGCUCGAGAGCGACGGGGUACCCCGGUCGCCAUCACCGUCUCCAACCCUCAGCAUAAAUGGACCUCAUCACUCAUAACAGGACGUGACGAAGAUGAGAUCACUGCGAACCGCAAGGGGCUUAUUGUUUAG